AUGAUUAACCGGGCCCGGCCGCGCUCCCCGCCGCGCGGGGCCACGCGGGGCUCGGGGGCCGCGGCGGGGCCGGACCCGAGCGGCCGCAGUUGGGACCCCGCGGGCACCGCCGAGUCUCCGCGGAUGGACGGUGAGCCGCCAGCCGGGCCCCAGGGCCCCGGCCCCGCAGCCCGAGCGGCGGGGCAGGGCGAUGGCAGCGCGGCGGCCGGGGCGCUGCCCACCCCCGGCACCCGCAGCGAGCCCACCCCCGCGGGCCCUGCGGACAGACCCGUGUCGGUGUCGGUGGUCACCAACUCAGCCUUCGAGGGGGCUCCUCCACCCUACUCGCCCCCGGACCCCAAGAGCUUUCACUUCUACCCGCCGUACCCAGCCGGUUUCUCCCAGCAAGGGCCUUUCAUUUACCAGCCGGGGCCGGGACCGCGGCCCUUCCCAGCGCCGGGCUUCCCACCCGGGCCCCUGCCCUGCACCACGGUACGUAUCCCCCACCCCGAUCCGGGCUCGGGGGCCAUGCCCGCCGGCCGCGGGCAGCAGCUGCCCAAGGAUUACAUGGUGGAGUCGGUGCUGGUGACCCUCUUCUGCUGCCUGCUGACCGGGGUCAUGGCGCUCGUCUACUCGCACGAGACCCGGGCUGCGCUCGCCCGCGGGGACGUGGCCCAGGCGUACGUGGCAUCCAGAAAGGCCCAGUCUCUGGUCCUCUUCAGCCUCCUCUUCGGCUUGUUCGCCUCCAUCACCUGGAUCAUCUACGUCCUGGUGUCCCUGUACCUGUGACAAGGACCCUGAGCCCCAGGGACGCGGCGUGUGCCAGGAGCUCCCUGCGGCUGGCCAGCCGGGGGGACACGGGCAGGUGGAGCUGCCACAGCCUCGUGGGGGAACGGGUGACAACGGAGCGUUACUGGGGCUGCGGGGCAGCGUCCGUCCUUCCUGAGCCUUCAGCCACCUGCCCAGCCCUGCGAGCCCCGGCCAGGGCAGGAGGAGCCCCGGGCAGGGAGAUGCCGGUGCCGCGUCCUGCCGGAGCCAGCUCUGGGCAGGGAGCUGUGCCGGAUCCACGGGCGGCAUCUGGCUCUGCUGCAGGAUGCUGAAUCCCACUGCUGCGGGCUCUCACUUGGAGCUGCCUGCGGGACUCUGGUGCAGAGGGAGCAUCUUGUAGGAUUGGGGGUGGAGGUGGAGCAGAAGUAACAGGUGCGUGGGAAGCGCUCACUGGUCAUGAAUAGUGUGAGAAAAUACAAACACAUGUAUGCAGUUCUGCAGUAGUUCUGGGCAUACACACACACACACACACACUGUAUUGCCACCUCCUUGCUGCUUCCAGAUUG